CUGUCCGCCCAUAACCCCCCGCUUCGCUGUGGUCUGCCGUCGCACACUGACACCAGGAUUACUUCUGCGAGCAGCGUCCUACAAUGCAGGCAUCAAUCGGGGAUUUAUAGAGACAUCGGGAUUCGUCAUCUGGGCGUCUUUCCUCAAGACAACUCCGUAUGAAAACAGAUCAGUGAAGAGAGAGACAUCACCCGCCGCACGCCAGGACAUCGCCGUGCCAACGCCCAGGCGAAGAUGAACUGUGAGGAUUUUGGGGAGGGGGGGGUGAGCGUCACCCUGACGCUCCGACUGCUAAUGCACGGGAAGGAAGUGGGCAGCAUCAUUGGGAAGAAAGGAGAGACAGUGAAGAGAAUUCGAGAGGAGAGUGGAGCGCGGGUCAACAUCUCAGAAGGCUCCUGUCCUGAGAGGAUCAUCACCAUCACAGGGCCCACAGACUGCGUCUACACGGCCUUCAACAUGAUCACCUACAAACUGGAGGAGGACCUGGCGGCUCUGGUUGCCAACGGCACCGUCACCAGCAAACCGCCCGUCACCCUCAGACUGGUCAUCCCAGCCAGUCAGUGCGGCUCCCUCAUCGGCAAGGGCGGGUCCAAGAUCAAAGAGAUCAGAGAGGGAACGGGGGCGCAGAUCCAGGUGGCGGGGGACCUCCUGCCCAACUCCACCGAGCGGGCCGUGACAAUAUCGGGCACACAGGACGCCAUCGUGCAGUGCGUGAGACUCAUCUGUGCCGUCAUCCUGGAGUCCCCCCCCAAAGGCGCUACGAUUCCAUACCGCCCCGGCCCCUCCCCCGGAGCAGUACUCCUCCCAGGGAAUCAGGUGUACGAUGCGUCUGAGUUCGGGUCACACCCGCUUUACUCGGUGACGCAGGGGGGUCUGGACCUGCAGCAGGCGUACGCUAUACAGAACCAAUAUGGUAUUCCACAUUCAGAGCUAGCGAAGCUACAUCAGCUCUCUCUGCAGCAGGGUAUGGGAGCUGUGGCCCAAUCAUCAGCCUCAGUUCUUUCUGGAAUGGAUCCAUCAGGGUCCCAAACAACCUCACAAGAGCUCCUGAUCCCCAAUGACCUGAUUGGCUCCAUCAUCGGGCGGCAGGGCACGAAGAUCAGUGAGAUCCGGCAGGUGUCCGGGGCGCAGAUUAAGAUCGGCAGCCAGCUGGACGGCGGCAGCGACAGGCUGGUCAGCAUCACCGGCACGGCCCUCAGCAUCGGCCUGGCCCAGUACCUCAUCACCUCCUGUCUAGAGACGGCGAAGUCCACCGCUCUGUCCUCCGCUCCCCUGGACCUGGGCGUGGCGUUCAGCCCGCCCCCCCCCGCGGUGGGGCCCAGCCCGGCGGCGCUGGCGGUCCUGGGCGGCGUCCCCCACGGGCCGAUGCUGGGGGCCCCCUACGGCCUGCCGCUGUCCAGCCUCCUGGGCGUCAAGUCCGUCCCCUUCCUGGCUCUCUCGGCCCCCGCGGGCACGCCCGCUGCCAUGAGCCCCGCCCACGCGGCCGCGCUGGCCUACACGGCCAAGAUCUCCUCCAUCAACGGCAUCAAGAAGCCGGAGAGACAGAAGUUCGCACCCUACUGA